AUGUAUUCUUCUUCGUUGUUCACUCGCUCAAGAUCUCUCCCUCUCAGAAGAAAAACCCUAAAGAUUGACGACGACACGGCCUCCGAAUCGGAGAUCUUCUUCAACUUCCUCGUCAACGAACACUUAAACUUCUUCUCUUCUUUUCGGCAGCGAAAAUUAGGGUUAGGGUUUAGUGUGAUCUGUAAAUUCGUUCAACUACUCAAGUUGUUCAGUUACAAAAAAAAACUACUCAAGUUGCACCAUUGUUCCAAAAAAACCAACCAAUCAAAACCUCCCAACACAAUUGCGAAAUCAAACCUACUCGUUCCUUACGAAGAUGCUUCAUCAGAAGGAUCAUUCUUCCAUGCAGAGUCAGAUUUGGGAGAUGAUGAUGAUGAUGAUGAGGAGGAUCCACAGCUUUGUGGUGCCUUUGCAUGCGAGGCGAAGAAAAGGCCUGCUAUCGAUUACAUGGAGAGGUUUCAAGCAAACAUCAACUCCACCAUGCAUGCCAUCCUGAUCGACUGGCUCGUGGAGGUUGCUGAAGCGUUUAGCCUUUCGCCAGAGACUUUGUACCUGGCGGUGAACUGUUUAGACAGGUAUCUUUCGGGGAACGUGAUCACCGAGCUAAACCUGCAGUUGCUUGGUGUUUCAUGCAUCAUGAUUUCAGCAAAAUAUUAUGGUCGAGGAUCAGUGCGUGCGCCUCCUCGUCAGGUGGAGAGUUUCUGUUACAUCACCGAUUACACCUACUCGAGCAACGAGCUCCUGGAGAUGGAGUCUUGUGUUCUCAACUACUUGAAGUUCGAGUUAACAACUCCAACGGCAAACUGUUUUUUAAGCCGCUUUGUCCCUCAAGGCAAAAGAGAGGAGGAGGUCCUAUCCCACCUCUUGUUUGAGUCGCUAGCGAGCUAUCUUUGCGUAUUAUCUCUCUUGGAUUACGCUAUGCUUCGCUACGCUCCAUCACUCGUCGCAGCCUCUGCUGUUUUUUUGGCACGAUACGUGUUACAUCCUUCGAGAAAACCAUCGUGGAGCUCUACGCUGGAGCAUUACACACGGUACAGGGCUGAACAUUUGGAAGCGUGCGUUAAGAAUCUUCUUCGGCUAUGUCAUGAGAGUCCCUCAGGCGAUAAUGUAGUCGCAGUCAGAAAGAAGUACAGUAAAGCCAAAUACAAGUUUGCAGCAAACAUGAUUUACCCCACCUCACUGCCACAAGAGCUCUUCCUCUGAUUGGCUUCCUUUUUGUUUUUAAUUUCCUCGUCUUGUUGAUAGAAACUCAUUGGGUCAGAGACCAAUGUAUUCAGUUCGAUUGAUGGAAUCAACAUAAAACAAUUUAUAAAA